AAUUAUAUCAUUUAGCUCCCUUUUUCCUGUCGCUUUCUCUCUGAUUCUCUGCAACAACAAAAAUUAUGGCAAUCCCACAAGACGGAGCACAUAUCUUGAUCUUCCCUUAUCCGGCACAGGGGCACAUGAUUCCCCUGUUAGACCUCACUCACCAACUCGCUCUCCGCAACUUAACCAUCACCAUUCUUGUCACCCCCAAGAAUCUCCACUAUCUCAACCCGCUCCUCAUCAAACACCCCUCCAUUCAGCCCCUUGUUCUGCCUUUUCCACCCACCGCUUCCAUUCCUGAUGGCGUCGAAAACGUCCGUGACCUCCCUGCUGGCGGCUUCCGUUUAAUGACACUGGCCUUAGCUGAUCUUCAUGGCCCCAUUGUCUCUUGGUUUGAAAACCAUCCCUCCCCGCCUGUUGCAAUUGUUUCUGACAUGUUUCUUGGCUGGACUAACCGCCUUGCCCAUGACUUGAACAUUCCGAGGUUUGUUUUCUCGCCUUCAGGGGCCUUAUCAUUGUCAAUCAUGUAUAAUCUGUGGCAAAAUUUGCCCAAAAGAAAUGAUCCAACGGAUGAUAAUGAAGUGAUCAGGUUCGAAGGAAUUCCAGGCUGUCCAUCUUAUCCCUGGUGGAAGAUAUCGCCGUUGUUUCGGAGUUACGUGGAAGGGGACCAACAAUCAGAAGUCCUGAAAGAAUCACUCAGGGGAAAUAUGGCGAGUUGGGGACUCGUGAUCAAUUCCUUCUCGGACCUGGAACAGGCUUACUUAGACUAUUUGAAGGAGUUUUUAGGCCAUGAUCGCGUGUGGGUGAUCGGGCCUUUGCUUCCUCCCGUUGAAGAACAAGUCAGACGAGGUGGAUCUAGUGAAAGUUUGGCCUACGAGAUCAAAACAUGGCUUGAUCAAUUUAAAGAAAAAUCUGUUGUCUAUGUCUGUUUCGGGACUCAAGCUGUGUUGACCAAUAAGCAAAUGGAAAUGCUGGCCCUGGGAUUGGAGAAGAGCGGGGUUCCGUUUCUUUGGUCGUAUAAGGACCCUAAGGGACACGCUGAAGGAGAGUACAACAUGAUUCCUCCAGGGUUCAAAGAUCGCGUGGCUGGGAGGGGACUAAUUGUGAAGGGUUGGGCACCACAGGUUUUAAUUUUGAGUCAUCAAGCUGUGGGAGCGUUCUUGACUCAUUGUGGCUGGAAUUCGGUGCUAGAGUCGAUCACAGCGGGCGUGCAGAUGUUGACUUGGCCAAUGGGUGCUGAUCAGUUCGAAAAUGCUGAUUUGUUGGAUGAGUUUAAGGUGGGAACUAGAGUGUGUGAGGGGGCGAAAACAGUCCCUGAUCCAGAUGAGUUGGCUCGGGUGGUGGCGACAGCGAUGAGCGACGAUCGAGGAGUUGAAAUGGCGAGGGCCAAGGAGUUGAGUAAAGCUGCACUAGAGAGUGUUGAAGAAGGAGGUCAUUCUCAUCAAGCUUUGAAUGGUUUCGUUGAUUUCUUGUCCAAAGCUCAACCAAAUAUGUAAGUGGGCUAGUGCAGAUUGCAGACAAUUUUAUCAGAAGCAUGGACUGGAAACCUUUAUAUGAUAGUGCUAGUUAUCCAUAGUUCCGGUCGGCUUUUAGAUAAUUAUUUGAACUCAUGCAUUUCU